AUGGCGGACCCCACGGUGUGCUCGUUCCUCAGCAAGGUGCUGUGCGCGCACGGCGGCCGCAUGCUCCUGCGGGACCUGCGCGGCCACGUGGAGCUGUCGGAGGCCCAGCUGCGGGCGGUGCUGCUGCGGGCCGGGCCCGAGCGCUUCCUGCUGCAGGCGGUGGAGGCCCGGGAGGGCCGCUGGGACGCGGAGGCCGAGGCGGCGGCGGGCGGCGCGGCGGGCGGCGCGGAGGCCGCGGCGGAGGCCUGCCGGGUGGUGGCCGUGACCUCCGCGCGCCUCUGCGCCCGCUACCAGCGCGGCGAGUGCUCGGCCUGCGACCAGCUGCACCUCUGCCGCCGCCACAUGCUGGGCCGCUGCCCGCACCGCGACUGCUGGUCCAUCUGUGCCCUUUCCCAUGACAUCCACAGCCCAGUCAACACCCAAGUCCUGAAAAGCCACGGGCUCUUUGGUCUCAAUGAAGCCCAGCUUCGCAUCCUGCUUUUGCAGAAUGACCCGUGCCUUUUGCCAGAGGUCUGUUUGCUGUACAACAAAGGCGGCCACCCCCCCUACGGGUACUGCAACCUCAAGGAGAAAUGCACCAAGUUCCAUGUGUGUAAGAACUUUGUGCGUGGAGAGUGCACACUUCACACCUGCAAACGGUCCCAUCAGCUCAUCCACGCCGCCUCCCUCAAGUGGCUGGAGGGCCAGGAACUAAGUGUUUCAAGUGUUGUGAAUUUUCAGAUCAUCUCUGCAUACAAGCAUAUGAAGUUGCACCAGAUGCUUGAAAAUAAAGAUAACUCAGCUUCUUCUACUGAGCAUUCACAGGGCCUUGAGAAACAAGGCGCGCACAAGGCUGGGACAGCAGAAGCCAGGCCUCUUGUCCCCGUCGCUGCUCUGUCAGCCAGCAAGCCCUGUCCAGCUAAACCUUAAAGAGCAUUGGAGAAGUGAGAAGUUUGACCAUCUUGGAAGAUUCAAAAGCACAGCUUUGCUGAGCUUUUGUUUGUGACAGUUCGUUCAUGCUAUUAUUUAUGAGCCGUAUUCAUGAUGAUACCUACCUCACAGAUUGUGUCAAUUAAAGAUGGAAAAGGAAAAAAUGUCAACUUAGGAGGAAAGCGUUGCAGAUGGGAUUGGACAUGAAACAAGCAGGAGAGAGUGAAG